UUCUUUUUCUUUUUUGUUGUUCUCCGAGCGAGUGACUGAGAAGCCGACAAAAGUUUCUCCGAGCGGUUCGCGAGACCGGUAAUCUCGCCAAUUGCUUUAUUUAUUAUUCAUCAUUUCUUCUUCAUCCUCCUUUUGUGGGCGGUGUAGCUCCAAGUUGAGCGAUAAUGGCGGAGUCAAUGCCGUAAGGAAGCCUGUAUCUGGAGCCGGAAACGAGGAGCUCCCCGAGGUGAGAUUUUGAUUGCAUGCCGAAUCUUCCUCCAAUGCCGACGGAGGCCUAAAAAUGUGUUCUUUAUGUGAACUCCGUGACCUCGCCGGCGAUCGCUGCAGCUUGAUCUUUGCCAUGUGAAAGUGCCUGGUGCUCUUCUCUGGGCUGUUCUUCAAUUCCAAUUUCCACCCCUUCACCAUCUCCUGACAAACUGCAGUUUCCUUCCUCAAAGAAGUUGGUCCUCGAUCCAUUCAACACACAGACAGUCUUUCUUUAUCAGAGGUCGCAAUUCGGUCCCCCAUCUAGAAAUAAUCAGAAAAAUGAGUAGCUGAGAAUUAAUUGGUGUGCGUCUAACUUCUGAGGAGACCAUAAAGCUGUAGGAAUGGAGAAAUUGAGCUUGUGGAUUCCUCUAUUGAUCCUCCUUCACUGUCUUCGAGCUUCAGCCAUCGGCAACCUGAACUCCGACGCCCAGUUCCUCCUCGAGUUUGCUGCGUCCAUCCCUCAUGGUCCGAAGCUUAACUGGAGCGCUCAGGUCCCAGUCUGCUCCUCCUGGGUCGGUGUCACAUGUACGCCGGACGGAGGCCGCGUGCAGAGCCUCCGGCUGCCGGGGAUUGGCUUGUCCGGCCAAAUCCCGGCUGAUACACUCGGAGAGCUCGACGUGCUCGAAAUCUUGAGUCUUCAAUCCAACCAUCUCGCGCUGGAACUACCCUCCGACGUCCCUUCGAUACCUUCUCUGAGUUCUCUGUUCCUGCAACGCAACGAGCUGUCAGGAGCACUGCCUUCUUCACUCUCCUCCAACCUCACCUUCCUUGACCUCUCCUGUAACUCCUUCACUGGAGAAAUUCCGCCGGCGGUUCUAAAUCUGACUCAGCUUACGGCAUUGUACCUCGAGAACAACUCUCUCUCUGGACUGAUACCUCAGCUUCGACUUCCCAAGCUGAAGCAUCUGAACCUGAGCUACAACAACCUCACCGGGUCCAUUCCUGAAUCGCUACAGAGUUUCCCCGUUGAGUCUUUCCUGGGGAACCCUUUCCUCUGCGGCACUCCCCUACCACAGUGCUCGGCCAAAAGAAGCUUUUGGAAAACACCGAGCACGGGGAUCAUCAUAAUAGUCGCCGGCGGAGGAUCAUGCCUUCUUCUUGCACUGGUGAUGGCUGCGCUCAUUUGCAUUUCGAGGAGGAAGAGCAGGAAGCGCAGCAGCAGCACCUCGAAAGGAAAUGGCGGCGCCGCCGGCAGAAGCAUCGACAAGCUCGAGGAGUACAGCAGCAGCGUUCAAGAAGCAGAGAAGAACAAGCUGGUCUUCUUCGAGGGAUGCUCUUACAACUUCGAUUUGGAAGAUCUUCUAAGAGCUUCCGCCGAAGUUCUCGGAAAAGGAAGCCAUGGGACGACCUACAAGGCUGUCCUAGAGGACGGCGUCGCGGUGGUGGUGAAGAGGCUGAAGGAAGUAGCCGCCGGGAAGAGAGAGUUCGAGCAGCAGAUGGAGAUCAUCGGAAGCAUCGGCAAGCAUCCAAACGUCGUCCAACUCCGUUCCUACUACUACUCCAAAGAUGAGAAGCUCUUGGUCUUCGAUUACGCCCCGCUUGGCAACCUAUCCACCUUCUUGCACGGAAGGGAUGGAGCUGGAAGAACAGUACUGGACUGGCGCGCGAGGGUAGAGAUUUCACUGGGCGUGGCGCGCGGAAUCGCCCAUAUCCAUGCUCAAGCUGGAGGUAGACUCAUCCAUGGCAACAUUAAGUCUUCCAACGUCCUCCUGAUCACGCAGGAACUCAAUCCUUGCGUCUCUGAGUUCGGCUUCGCGCCGCUUCUGAGCCCUUCAAUGACUGCCCGAUCGCGAGCUGCGGGCUACCGCGCACCGGAAGUCGUCGAGCACCGCAGAUCCACGCAGAAGUCCGACGUCUACAGCCUCGGAGUCCUGCUGCUUGAGCUGCUGACAGGGAAGGCUCCGCUCGGGCGGUCGCCGGGACGCGACGACGCGGCUGUGGACCUGCCGAGGUGGGUGCAGUCGGUGGUGCGAGAGGAGUGGACGGCCGAGGUUUUCGACGCGGAGCUGGUGAAGUGCCCGGGGAUAGAAGACGACUUGGUUCGGAUGCUUCAGAUUGCAAUGCAAUGCGUGGCGAGGAAUGCCAGCCAGCGGCCGGAAAUGGAGGGCGUCGUCGGAAUGCUUGAGGAUCUGAAGGGCUCCGACUCCGAGCCCCUCCCGUCGUCGGAGAAGUCUCAGGGAUGAGAGCGCUAGCUACUCUGGGUGAUUUCGACAUGGACAGGUUUGAGUUUGAUUCUGUUCUUCAGAUUUGCUGUGCCAAAUUAUUUUCAUGGAGUGUGAUUGCAUUUUCUAUAUAUAUUUUUUUAGUUUGUUAAA